UUUUUCCCCUACUCGAAGUACUGUUGUCUGUUUAAACUGUGAUCUGUCUGUGUGAUCUCCUCAGGAACUGGGCCAGGGUUUAGAUUUAAAACUGACUCUGUUUGCACACCCGUAGCUUGUUUUUAUGUUAGUGGUUUGAAGAGAGGGUUUUUGUUUCAUGCUUUUGUUUUAGCUGUUAGUCAAUAAUCUCAUUUUUAGAGAUCUCCUUUUGUUAUACUGUUUUCAAUUUGUUUACGCAGCACCCACUUGCCCGUUUCUGUUGGUUGAUUAUUUCUUUUGUUAAACUCUCUGUAUUAAUAAAUAACUUUAAUUUACCAAAACCAUCUGGUUUAUGUUGCUUCCCUUUCCCCUUCCGGGCUGGGUCGUAACAUAAAUGGGGGCUCGUCCGGGAUGAUCCGUUAAAGGAUUGAUCCCAUAUCUAAAAGUAGUUUUUAAAGUUUUUUUUAAACUGACAAUGUUCCUUUUAUCUAGGUCCAUGGUAAAUGCUCAUAUUUAAAACAACCAAUAUAAACAUCCCACAAUUAUAUUGACAUCAAUGCAGUCAGUUACAUCAUCACAGUCGGUCCCAUGACCUGUUGAAGUUAUCCAUAUCAUCAUUGAUUCUAGCUCUAUGUGUUCAUAUGAUACAGCCUCCAACAUUAAUUCCAUCUGUAUUUUUCCAAACCCUGAGCUACAAGUUGUUUGUUAACUCAGAGUUUACUUGACUGUGGGCAGCUGGUUAAUUAGGCACCAUGUCUGAGGCGUAAAGAUGAGUUGGUCCAAAUUGCCAAUCACUUCAGGAUUCCGUUUUCUAAACAGAUACUCAAAAGAGACCUUAAAAACUUAAUUGUUGGUGAUCUGGUGGAACAGGGAGUUAUUGUGUUGCCAGCGGAAGAUGAGCUCACUGUGCUUGCUGCUGGCGCCCUAACUGAAGCUGGGGGUAGCCAAAACCUUGAGGCCCAAGCAGCCUCCGGGGUGGAAGGCGAGGUAGGUGGACGGGUAAUAAAAACCCCGUACACGCUGCCCCGCUAUGAUCCAUCCCCUGCCAGUACUGGCUCCAGAGACUUUAUUUACUUCUACUUAAACUCCACUAGAGGUAAAUAUUCCCCACUACAAAUUAGGAUGCAUUAUUAUGGAUAAAGAUACAUUAAUCUGUAUAAAAAAAGCUGUUUUUAGACAUACUUUUUAUUCUAUUUUCAUUAUAAAUGAAAUAAUGUUGUCAAAUAAAAUUUAGUGGUGUAAAAAGUACAAUAUUGGUUAUAUACUGUAGUGAAAUAGAAGUAUUAAGUAGUAAUGAAAGAUUUUGGAUGCAGAACUUUUACUUUAUUACUUCUGUUAUUGUUAUAGAUUAUGCUCACAUAUGUUGUAUAUAAGGAUUUGAAGAGGAGCAUGUUCAUAAAGACUACAGAUCAUUUGAAAAGCAGAGCAUGACUUUUGGGUUUAUACACUUUUCCGAGUGUAGAAGAACUUUCCAGGGAAAUAAAAUCUAAUUUGGACGCUGGUGGAAAGUAGACGUUUAUUUUGAAACUUCACUUUGCAUCACUGUCACCACAGAGGCUUCUGUUUCCCCUUUUGUUUUUUACUCUUUGUGUCAUUUUCAACACAAUGUGUGUUUAUUUCCUCAUGAUAUGUGUUUGUUUUGUCCUCCUCAGAUCCACACAGGCAUGCAGCACCAGAUCAUCUGGCCCUGUCAGCCCUACUGUGUGCCUCUGGAUGAGAAAAUGCUGCCUCAGCUGAUGAAGGAGGCCGGUUACGCCACGCACAUGGUGGGCAAGUGGCACCUGGGCAUGUACAAGAAGGACUGCCUGCCCACACGCCGAGGCUUUGACACGUACUUAGGCUACCUGACAGGCAGCGAAGAUUAUUUUACUCAUGUCCGCUGCUCUCCCAUCGCUGCUCUGAACCUGACUCGCUGUGCGUUGGACCUGCGGGAAGGAGAGGAGGUUGCCACCGCGUACAAAGGAGUCUAUUCCACUGAGCUGCUCAGCCAGAGGGCCACCAGCAUCAUUCGAAAACACAACUCUAGCAAGGUGAGGAGAAAAACCUGGUUCUCUUUUUGUAUUUUUUAUAUUAUUUGGGGCUAA